AUGACCACAGCUGCGCAGCCAAAGGCGCUUCCGCGCUACUUCCGCAAUGACCAGCCCCUCUCCCGGCGAGACCCCUACAAGCAGCUCACUGCGUCGCUAGUCCGCCUGGUCAACGAUUACCCGCCCGACAGGAUCCCGCCCGGCGGCGGCCUCUACUAUGGCCCAAUCAGCGUCUCAUUCCUCUUCUUCCGCUUGCAACAGCUCUAUCCGGAAAUGACCAUCGGCGACUACCCGCUCGGUUCCUGGUUCGCCGCCUAUUUGGAACUGGCGCAACAGCACAUGAAGAGCUACCCCGGACCUACCGUCAAGAAGUGCGGUGUCGCCGACGACAUCAUGGCUCUCCUUGCCCUGGGCGCCGCGUCUGCCAAGGACGCCGACAUGGCCAAGGAGCUCUGCAACUAUGCUGCUGUGACUGCCGACGAAGACGCUGGCAAUGAAUGGCUUUACGGUCGUGCGGGGUAUCUCUACCUCUUGCGGCUAGUGAGGGCGUCGUUCGAGGACGACCAUGAUACCAAAGAGCUCAUCGACGACACCACGGAUGAAGUAAUCGAUGCCAUCAUGGACUCUCCCCGCCCGUGGAAGUGGCACGGGAAGGCCUACCUCGGUGCGGUCCAUGGCACCAUUGGCAUCAUCACGCAGAUCGUGCUCACCGACCCCGCCAUGGCACCAAAAUUGGAAGCUGACCUAGGCGCUGUUCUCAGCUAUCAGUACGAUAGCGGUAACUGGCCCUCGUCCAUCCCGCCUGGCAAAGACCGGCUCGUCCAGUUCUGCCACGGCGCCCCUGGUGUGAUUGCAUCGCUUCAGUCAAUCAGGCAGUAUUUCCCCAAGAUGCAGGACCGUAUCGAUAGGGCUGUUAGGCGGGGCCAGGAAUGCAUUCUCGAGCGUGGCCUCUUGACAAAGGAACCGUGCCUGUGUCACGGUAUCUCAGGCAACGCCCUCACGCUCGAGGACCCUGAGUUCGAGCACUUUCUCACUUUUACCACGGGCCACGAGAUCAAGCAGAUGGACAAGGACGGCAUGAUGGAAAAGUCUGACGAUCCCUCGGCGCUCUGGUGCGGAGAGGCAGGGCGCGCAUGGACGUGGGCGGUUGCCGACAAGCAUCUCGAGAAGAGGUUCUUGGGCUACAACGACAUCUAG